GCAAAUCUUAAGCUUGACCCAUUAUCAACUUAAACCUUUUCUCCUUCCAAGUUCCAACUAUACCCGCGACGAGUCCAACAACGAGUGAACUCGGACCCAAGUUAACCGAAACUUCCUAACCAACCUACCGGUCAGACGCUCUCCUUCCUUUCUCUCUCUGAGUUUCUCUCAUUGCAGGGCCUCGAAACAACCACCAACGACUGGUAGACCACCAACGAAACUAACAAUAAUCCAAAAAUUUCACCACAUCUUUUCUCUUUACCAUUUCUCUCGCCAGAACUUCUAAGCUUAGCCUUCUUGUAUAUUUGAAAUUACAUCAAUGUCCUCUGCUUCCGAUUUCAGUUCCUCAUCUGGCGACGAUCCUAAUCCCAUCCCUAACCCUAAGCCUCUUGAAAACCAAUUCGAAUCGGUAACUCUUGAAGAAUCCAAUAGCAUAAUCCAAAACGACGAGGUAUCGGUGCAGCCGCUUGAAGAAUCCAAUGGUAUAAUUCAAAACGACGAAGCAUUGGCGGUGCCACAACAAGUGCCAUCGCUUAAUGGAUCACUGGAUGACCACGUUAAUCACGAAGAAGAGAGAAUAGAGGUCGGAAAAUGCGGUGGCGUUGACAGUGGCAGUGGUGGUAUUGUGUGGAGGACGAACUCCGAGGUGGAGGUGGAUGGACCUUCGAGCCCUAGCAGUAGUGGAUACGCCGGCGAGAGAGGGAGUAGUAGUGCGACCAGUGCGUCGAGGAUUGGUGAAGUGAGUGAAGAUGAGAUACAGGAAGUUGGGAAUGAUGGUCGAGUCGAUGGGGUUCUGGACUCACAGGCAGCGUGGGUGCCUGGGAAACGGCAUGUCGAUGAGGAUGAUGCUUCCAUAUCAUGGAGAAAAAGGAAGAAGCAUUUCUUUAUUUUGAGUCACUCCGGGAAACCAAUAUAUUCCAGAUAUGGCGAUGAGCACAGGCUAGCUGGGUUUUCAGCAACAUUGCAGGCCAUCAUUUCCUUUGUGGAGAAUGGGGGGGAUCGUGUCAAACUGGUUAGGGCAGGAAAGCAUCAGGUGGUUUUUCUUGUGAAAGGACCAAUUUACUUAGUUUGCAUCAGCUGCACAGAUGAGCCAUAUGAAUCGUUAAGAGGGCAGUUGGAACUUAUCUAUGGUCAGAUGAUACUCAUUUUAACAAAGUCUGUAAAUAGAUGUUUCGAGAGGAAUUCCAAGUUUGAUAUGACACCAUUGCUUGGAGGAACAGAUGUUGUCUUCUCUUCUCUCAUACAUUCAUUUAGUUGGAAUCCAGCCACCUUUCUUCAUGCAUAUACUUGUCUUCCCCUAGCGUAUGCAACAAGACAAGCUGCAUGUGCUAUAUUGCAAGAUGUUGCUGAUUCAGGUGUCCUUUUUGCAAUAUUAAUGUGCAAACACAAAGUUGUUAGUCUAGUUGGUGCUCAGAAAGCUUCUCUUCAUCCUGAUGACAUGCUGCUGCUUUCUAACUUUAUUAUGUCAUCAGAAUCAUUUAGGACAUCUGAGUCUUUCUCACCAAUUUGCCUCCCAAGAUACAAUCCCAUGGCAUUUUUGUAUGCUUAUGUCCAUUACCUUGAUGUUGAUACCUACUUGAUGCUGCUUACUACUAGUUCGGAUGCCUUUUAUCAUCUUAAGGAUUGCAGGAUCCGUAUCGAAAUGGUUCUUCUAAAGUCCAGUGUUCUCAGCGAAGUGCAGAGAUCCAUGCUAGAUGGUGGGAUGCAUGUUGAGGAUCUUCCUGGUGAUCCAUUGCCUCGUUCUGGAACUGCUUCUCCUCAUUUGGGGCAGCAUAGACUACCAACUGAUUCUCCUGAGAGAUUCAGAGAAUCAUAUGUAGGCAUUGGUGGUCCCGCUGGACUUUGGCACUUUAUAUAUCGCAGUAUUUAUCUGGAUCAAUAUGUAUCUUCUGAGUUUUCAUCGCCAAUUAAUAGCCCACAACAACAGAAAAGAUUGUACAGGGCUUACCAGAAACUUUAUGCUUCAAUGCAUGAUAAAGGAAAUGGGCCUCACAAAACCCAGUUUAGAAGAGAUGAAAACUAUGUUCUACUCUGUUGGGUCACUCCGGAUUUUGAACUUUAUGCAGCAUUUGAUCCUCUCGCAGACAAGGCUCUGGCUAUAAAGACUUGCAACAGGGUUUGUCAAUGGGUGAAAGACGUCGAAAAUGAGAUUUUUUUGCUGGGAGCAAGCCCUUUUUCAUGGUGAUAUCCCAAAAUAUGUUGCGACGUUGCAUGUAUACUAGUAUUGCUAAAAGUAAUAAUAAUAAUAAAAAAAAAAAAAUCUCACAUAUUUUUUCGCAAACUGGUCAUAGUGAAUAUGCAUAUGCUAAUAGGUUCACCACAUAUUUAUUUCCACUUUAGGCUUUGCAUGUAAAAUUGCAGCAAAAAAUUGUAAAAGAGCAGUCUUUUAAUUGUGAUAGCAAAACCUUGUUAUGAUUACUAGUUCUUUUUUUUUUUUCUUCUCA